GGCAGACCCGGGAGUCGCUGGAAGCGCAAGAUGGCGACGGCGGCCGCAGCGUCGGCUUCGGAACCGGAGACCGAUCCCAAGGCGGGGCCCGAGGCUGAGGGCGAGGAGGACGAGGCGAAGGCGGACAGGACGAGGAGGAAAGUGUUAACGCGCGCCGUGGCCACUGCGGCCUGCAAGGCCAUGGGGCCAGCGUGGGACGAGCAGCGGGAGGAAGGCGUGAGUGAGAGCGAUGGAGACGAGGAGUUCGCCAUGGCCUCCUCGGCGGAGAGCUCCCCCGGCGAGGACGAGUGGGAGUACGACGAAGAGGAGGAGAAGAACCAGCUGGAGAUUGAACGGCUGGAGGAGCAGCUGUCUAUCAACGUCUAUGACUACAACUGCCACGUGGACCUGAUCCGGCUGCUGCGGCUGGAAGGGGAGCUCACCAAAGUGAGGGUGGCCCGCCAGAAGAUGAGUGAGAUCUUCCCUUUGACAGAAGAGCUCUGGCUGGAGUGGCUGCACGACGAGAUCAGCAUGGCCCUGGACAGCCUGGACCGAGAGCACGUGUACGACCUCUUUGAGAAAGCCGUGAAGGAUUACAUAUGUCCAAACAUUUGGCUAGAGUAUGGCCAGUACUCAGUCGGUGGGAUUGGUCAGAAAGGUGGCCUGGAGAAAGUCCGCUCUGUGUUUGAAAGGGCUCUCUCGUCUGUCGGUUUACAUAUGACCAAAGGACUGGCCAUCUGGGAGGCUUACCGGGAGUUCGAAAAUGCGAUUGUGGAAGCUGCCCGGCCCAUGGCUGGCUUCCUUUCCCCUUUUGACUGGGAACAAACCUUUGAUUCACAGCUGGAGAAAGUGCACAGUCUCUUCCGGCGACAGUUGGCAAUCCCACUCUACGAUAUGGAGGCAACAUUUGCAGAGUAUGAAGAGUGGUCGGAAGACCCAAUACCAGAGUCGGUAAUUCAGAGCUAUCACAAAGCGCUACAACAGCUGGAGAAAUACAAACCUUACGAGGAAGCACUGUUGGAAGCAGAGGCUCCCAGGCUGGCCGAAUAUCAAGCAUACAUCGAUUUUGAGAUGAAAAUCGGCGAUCCUGCUCGCAUUCAGUUGAUCUUUGAGCGUGCCCUGGUUGAGAACUGCCUGGUUCCAGACUUAUGGAUCCGUUACAGUCAGUACCUAGACCGGCAGCUGAAAGUAAAGGACUUGGUUUUAUCUGUACAUAAUCGUGCUGUUAGAAACUGCCCCUGGACAGUUGCCCUGUGGAGCCGGUACCUCUUGGCCAUGGAAAGACACGGAGUUGACCAUCACGUGAUUGUUGUGACCUUCGAGAAAGCUUUGAGUGCUGGCUUCAUUCAGGCCACGGACUAUGUGGAGAUUUGGCAAGCAUACCUUGAUUACCUGAGGAGAAGGGUUGAUUUCAAACAAGACUCCAGUAAAGAGCUGGAAGAGUUGCGGUCCGCCUUCACUCGUGCUUUGGAGUAUCUGAAACAGGAGGUGGAAGAACGUUUCAAUGAGAGUGGGGAUCCAAGCUGCAUGAUCAUGCAGAACUGGGCCAGGAUCGAGGCUCGACUGUGUAAUAACAUGCAGAAAGCUCGGGAGCUCUGGGACAGCAUCAUGACCAAAGGAAACGCCAAGUAUGCCAACAUGUGGCUCGAGUAUUACAACCUGGAAAGGGCACACGGCGACACCCAGCACUGCAGGAAGGCUCUGCACCGGGCCGUCCAGUGCACCAGUGACUACCCAGAGCACGUCUGUGAAGUGCUGCUCACCAUGGAGAGGACAGAAGGUACUUUAGAAGAUUGGGAUAUAGCCGUCCAGAAAACCGAAACUCGAUUAGCCCGUGUUAAUGAGCAGAGAAUGAAGGCGGUGGAGUGUGUGUCACUGCUGCGUCCAGUGAUGCAUCAUAUGCCCCUUUUCCAGGCUGCGGAGAAGGAAGCCACCCUCGCCCAGCAGGAAGAGGAGAAGGCUGAGCACCGGAAGAGGGCCCGGGCUGAGAAGAAAGCGCUGAAAAAGAAAGUAGCCAGAGGCGCGGACAAGCGCAAAGCAGAUGAUGCCGAGAAAGAGUGGGGCGGCGGCGACGAAGAAGAGCAGCCUUCCAAGCGCAGAAAGCUGGAGAACAGCGUUCCUGCAGCUGCAGAAGAAGCACCAGACCUGGAAGAGGAAAUGGGGCUCUUUGGGAAAAGCGCAUCUGCAGACGUCACCCCCCCCUCAAAGCAGAAGGAGAGGGCCGCCGCCGCCCUGAAGAGGGACGUGCCCAAGGUGCCCCACGACAGCAGCAAGGACAGCGUCACCGUCUUCGUCAGCAACCUGCCCUACAGCAUGGAGGAGCCAGACGUGAAGCUGCGGCCGCUCUUUGAGGCCUGUGGGGAAGUGGUCGAGGUCCGCCCCAUCUUCAGCAACCGGGGCGAUUUCCGAGGCUACUGCUACGUGGAGUUCAAGGAGGAGAAGUCGGCCCUGCAGGCGCUGCAGUUGGACCGGAAGAAUGUAGGCGGGAGGCCAAUGUUUGUUUCCCCCUGUGUGGAUAAGAGCAAAAAUCCUGACUUUAAGGUGUUCAGGUACAGCACUGCCCUGGAGAAGCACAAGCUGUUUAUCUCAGGCCUACCCUUUUCCUGCACUAAAGAGGAACUUGAAGAGAUCUGUAAGGCUCAUGGCACCGUGAAGGACAUCAGGCUGGUUACCAACCGGGCUGGCAAACCAAAGGGCCUGGCCUACGUGGAAUACGAAAAUGAAUCCCAGGCAUCGCAGGCUGUCAUGAAGAUGGAUGGCAUGACUAUCAAAGAGAAUGUCAUCAAAGUGGCCAUCAGCAACCCCCCUCAGAGGAAAGUUCCAGAGAAGCCAGAAGCAAGGAAAGCACCAGGUGGCCCCAACGUCCCCCGGCAGAUAUAUGGAGCGCGGGGGAAGGGAAGGACCCAGCUCUCUCUGCUGCCUCGCGCCCUGCACCGCCCCAGCGCUACCGGAGCUCAGGCCGAGAAUGGCCCUGCCCUGAAGCCAGCGGUCACCACCUCAGAGGCCACUGAGGCUCCCAAGAUGUCCAAUGCUGAUUUUGCCAAGCUGCUUCUGAGAAAGUGAACGGGACUCAGAGAAGGGAGAUGCCUUACUUCAUGCUGGCCGGGAGGACACCACCUCCCAGCUGUACCCGGGUACGGAAGGGCCCAAGGCAGCGCGGUUUCCCCUGGUGUAGACAGAAAGGGAACGGGUGUCCGAGCAGAGAGGCUUCACAUGUUCCCUCACAUUGAGGGUGACAGCAGGAAAACAGUCACUCCAUGGCUGGGCACCAGGUAUAGUUUCUAAGGUAUUUUUUGUCUUUAAGAGAAAUGGGAGUGAAACUUGGACACACCAUUUUGAGACACACUUGUCCAACUGUUUCAGCCAACUCAGGCCCCUUAUAAGACACUUCUCUUACACUCUGUAUAGUCCAUAUGCCCGUCACUCUUUUAAUUUUUAAAAGACAAAACGGCAAAUGCUAGUAAUUCACCAGAAUGGCCUAUUUUAGUAAAGGGGUGGGGAUAGGGCCAGUCACCUAAAAAAUAUUUGAUGGGUUUUUGUUUUAGGGGGCUGUGUGUUUUUAUAUUAUGUAUUUGUAAAUGACAUGUCAACCCAUUGUUUUAUGUUUCCUCAAAGCAAAAUAUCUGACUUGUUUUCUAUAGGAAUUCUGUGUGCCACCUGCUGUGGACCAUUUUCUUUGCCUAGUGAAUAGUGGACUGUGUUGUUCUUUGUCUAAAUAUUGAGUUUCAGCCCUUGGGUUUUGUUUAAAUACCAUGUCAAGUGCGGACUUAAAUUUUCCUCAUUUAGCUUUGUUUAUUAAACUGAAGUUCUGUUAAGAACCUCUCACAGAAUGGUACUCUGCUGUGCAUUCAAA